UCCCGGGCCACCGGCGCCCCCGAGCCCGGCAGCCGCACCCGGGUGCGGGAGCUGGGCGGCAUCCCUGUGCUGGUGGCCAUCUUGAAGUCGAACCCCAUCGAGAGCAUCCAGAACCGCACGGCGCGGGCCCUGGGCAACCUGGCCAUGGAUCCUGAGAGCUCGCAGGCCAUCCACGACGCUGGUGCAGUGCCCCCCCUGGUGGCCCUGGCUGUGGGCGGGGGGGCCAGCCCCUGCCUGCAGAGUGCAGAGCGGGCGCUGCGCUGCCUGGCUGACACUACACAGCACCGGGCAGCGCUGGUGCAGCAGGGUGCAGUGCACCCCGUGGCCUCGUGCCUGGGCGCCGGGGACCCUCCGUUGGUGGCGGCGGCGGUACGCGCCCUCCUGGAGCUGACCCGCGGCUGCAGCCGUGCAUGCGCACAGCAGCUGAGCGCUGGUGGUGCUCUGCCACCCCUCGUUGCACUGGCAUGCGCCGAGAAGAAGUCCCUCCAGGACGCAGCGCUGGGUGCCCUCGCCAACGCCUGUCUGCAGGGCUUGCUGGGCCCUGCUCUGGGCAGCGCCGGUGCUGUGGAGGCUGUGGUGAGCGCCGUGGCACAGCGCCGGCCCCCCCCCGCUGCCCUGGUGCGGGCGCUCUGCCUGCUGUGCCGUGAGGCUGUCAACCGGGCCCGGGUGCGGGCAGCUGGGGGGCUGGGGACCAUGCUGGCGCUGCUGCGGGACCCGUGCCAGGCCUGGUGCCACGGCCGCGUGGUGGGCGCCCUGGUGGCCUUCUUCUAUGACCACGAGGCAAUGGAGGACCUGGAGGCCGGGGGGCUUGUGCCCCUGCUGGUGGCCAUGGUGGCUGCCCAGGGCCGUGCUCCACCCGGGGAUGCCAACUGUCGGCGGCAGAAGCGGGAGGAGGUGGAGGAGGAGCAGGAUGAGGACGGGCCUGAUGCUGCCUCUGCUGACUACCCCGAGGAGCCUGGGCGGGAGGCGGCUGCGGAGGGGGAGUCGCCCAGUUUCCAGAGCCUCAGGUCAUGGCUGCUGUCGGAGGGCGUCAUCGCCAGCCCAGGGGACGUCUCCCCGCCGCAGUGGUCGCCUGACCGGUCCCUCAGCCCCGUCCUGGACCUCCCGGGGGUGGAGCCUGAGCUAGGCCCUGCCCCCCCAGCGCUGACAUCAGCGAGAAACGCCUUGGAGAUGACGUCGCCGGUGCUGGUGUUCCCACGGCCACGGCUGCCCUCUGACCUCUUGCUGGCCCCAGUGUCGUCACGGAAACGACUGUCCAGCCACCUGACAUCACAGCAGCUGCCACCCGGUGACCUCACAGUAACGCCAUCGUCAUCAUGGCAGCUGCCACCCAGUGAUGCCACAGCGAUGUCAUCAUCGUUGCAGCAAGCACCACCCAAUGACCUCAUGGUGAUGUCAUCAUCACGGCAGCCACCACCCGACGACCUCACGGCAAUGACAUCACUACGGCAGCCCCCACCUGGUGAUCUCACAGUGACUUUAUCAUCAUCGCAGCAGUCCCCACCUGGAGACCUCACAGCAACAUCAUUGUCACAGCAGCUGUCGUCACCCAUUGAUCUCACAGCGACAUCAUCAUCAUCACAGCAGCCCCUUCCCAGUGACCUCACAGUGACAUCAUCGGCACAGCAGCCGCCCCCCAGUGACCUCAUGGCAACGCCGUCGUUACGACGCCUCCUGCAGCGCCUGGCCCGUCACCCUGCCUGCCUCGAGCCCCUCGUGCGCUGCCGCGCGCCUGGCCUGCUGCGGGCUUGGCUCAUCUUCGGCCUCCGGCCCCGCUCCACCGAGGGGCCUGGGAGUCCGGGUGAGGAGCUGGACGUGCCCGGGAGUCCGGGCGAGGAGGUGGAGGAACCUGGGAGUCCAGGUGAAGGACCCGGGAGUCCGGGCAGGGCACCUGAGGGACCCAGGAGUCCGGCUGAAGGACCGGGGAGUCCGGACAGGGUCUCCAAGAGAGCCAGGAGUCCAGGCAAGGAGGUCCAGGAGCCCAGGAGCCCGGGCCGGGUGCCCAAGAAACCCCGUCAUCUGGCUGAGGGACCCAGGAGUCCGGGCGAGGCCCUCGAGGAACCCAGGAGUCCCGUCCCUCGCUUCGAGGAGUUCGGGGAGUCGCUGCUGCUGGGCUUGCGGGUGACGGCUGAGUCGCCCUUCGGCGCUGGAGUUCUGACCCACAUGCUGCUCUCGGGGCCCCCCAGCGAUCGCCUGGCCUGCGCCCUUGCCGUGCCCCUCCUCUGCAGGAAGGAGCUCCCCCUGUGCCGCAAGUUGCUGCUGGACCACUCAGGCCUGGUGCUGCUGACUGAGGCCCUGGCCCGGCCCCCGCCAGCCCCCUUUGCCCUUUACGCCGCCGAUGCCUUGGCCCUGCUCUUGGGCUCCCCCCAUGGCCCUGGCAAGCACUCACCCCCACCCACUGGGCCCACCCUGGCCUGUCCCUAUGCCCACAUGGUGGCAUCGGAGGCGGCCGACCUGCGGUUCCUCCUGGACUGUGGUGCCCAGGUCCCAGCCUCACGCCAGGCGCUAGACACGGCGUCUGACGUCUUCCGCGCUAUGCUGGGGGGGGGCUUUGCUGAGGCCCGGCUGGCCCUGAUCCCCCUCCGGGGGGUGGCCCCGGCUGCCUUCCUGCCCCUGCUGCAUCACCUGCACGGCUGCCGUGGCUGCCAGGCCCUGGCGGGGCCCUUCGGGAUCCCACUCGGCACCCGGGUGCUGGAGGUGGCCGGGCAGUUCCUGGCCCCGGGGCUGGUGGAGGAGGUGGAGGCUGCCUUGAGCGCCCAGUACCUGGCCGGGGCCGACCCCCGGGGCCCGGCCCAGCUCUACAGCCUGGCUGAGCGGCUGGGCCGCCUGGGGCUGCAGCGCGCUUGUGUGCGCCACGUGUUGUGCGGGUGCUACCCGGGGCCAUGCCAGCGGGCCGAUGCGCUGGUCCACCUGGCCCGGGCGGCUGGGGAUGAGCGGGCGCUGGCCGGGCAUCUGCUGGCCGUGGCUAAUGAGGCAGCUUGGGGGACCCAGGAGUCCACGCCUUGAGCCCCAGCCCCCUUUUGUGGACUUAGAGAGGACCCAGGAGUCCAAGCUCUGCUCUCUCCAUUUACUUCUGGACUGGUAGGGGACCCAGGCGUCCGGGCUCUGUCCCUGUUUGGUCACUUAUGGACAAGAGGACCCAGGAGGCCAGGCGUUGAGCCACAGCCCCCCGUUAUGCACUUAGAGAGGACCCAGGAGUCCGGGCUGUGCCCCGCCCCCAUUUACUUUGGACUUACAUAGGAUCCAGGCCUUCAGCCCCAGGUCCCAUUAGGGAUUUCUAGGGGACCCAGGGGUCCGGGUGCUGACCUCCCCCCCAAACACUUUAUGGACUUACAGAGGACCCAGGAGUCUGGGACCUAUCUCCCUCCCCUCCCCCUUCUGGGGUGGGGUUGCAUGUGGGGGGGGAUGCCUGGGUGCUCUGUUUUGCUGUGUGUAGGCAGCC